AUGGUAUAUAAGGAUUUACAACCAAUAAGUAUCGUAGAAAAUGAGGGAUUCCGAGAAUACUCAAAGGCUUUGAAUCCAACCUAUUCCUUACCUUCACGGAAAACGGUUUCUAAAUCCUUGCUUCCUGCUGCUUAUGAAGAAAAAAAGAAUAGUUUAAAAAACGUUCUUAGUGCUGUACAAAAUAUCUGUUUGACUGUAGACUGUUGGAGCAACCAAAAGGCUGAAAGUUACAUGGCCGUGACAGGCCAUUUUAUUGACGAACACAUGCAAAGGAAAACGGUACUGAUUGACUGCUCAAUUUUUGAUGAACGUCAUUCAGCCAAAAAUAUUGCAGAAAAUAUCAUACACAUUUGCCAACCAUAUUUUCCGAUGGAAAAAGUGUCUUUAAUAGUGACUGACAAUGCCAAAAAUAUGAUUAACGCUGUCGACAGCGAACUAAAGUUAAAACAUUUAGGAUGCAUUGCACACUCUCUCAAUUUGGCUGUCACAAAUUCUCUAAACGAGGUUAACGACCUUCUAACGAAAAUUAGGGAUAUUGUGAUAGUUUACAGGAGAAGUAAUAUCGCUGCAAAAAAUCUGCGAAAAUAUCUGUGCUCUAGCGAGGAGAGAAAAGACUUAAAAGUCAUCUUAGAUGUGAAGACUCGUUGGAACAGCACGUUUUAUAUGGUAAAACGUUUCCUUGAACUGAAAGACGCUAUUCGUUCUACAAUGGGUCUGAUGAACGACCCCCCAGAGGCUCUUGAUGUGCCAGAAUGGGAAAGUGUCCAACAUCUUUGUGACGUUUUGAAACCUUUGAAAAGGUGA